AAUGUCUGAAGAAUCAAUUGUUGACAGUACAGAAAAUGAAGUUAUGGCUGAAGAAGUUUCUGAAGAAAAUCAAGAGCCUAAGUUGUAUAAUCAUGUAUUGACGGAAGAGCAGAAACAACGUAUAAUAAAAUGCGUUACUUGGGACGAUAAAGUUGUUGAGGUUGAGUGGUAUUUGAUGAUGCAAUGCGGGGCUUUUGUUUUGCUUUGGGAAAGUUUGAAUCUUGAAGAUGCUGCCAAUCCAGAAGCUUUGGAUAAUUUUAAUUUCCCGCUCAAUGAAAUUACUGAAGAAUGUUUUGUUAAAGUUGUGGAAUGGUUGAGGAAUCACCAAGGUUUAGGCCCGAUCGAAAUUAAACACGACCAUAUCACUGGCGAGAUUUUUCAGCGCAAAUGGUUUACUUUAACUGAAUGGGAGAAGAACUUUUUCGAGAUUGAUUUUGAAUUUUUGAAGGAGAUUUACUUGGCUUCUAAUUUUUUGGAUAUUAAAUCCCUCUACUAUUAUUGUGCUCAAGAAGCGGCACGUUGUAUUAUGGAUAAAAGUGCUCAAGAAAUACGUGAUAUGUUGGGGUUGCCGGACGACUUAACAGAUGAGGAGAAGGCCGCUAUUGCAAGGGAGUAUGAAUAUCGUGAAGAGGGUAGUACACCACCGCCACCACCAGCAGCAGGGGAGGUUAUAGAUGAGUCUAAUUUGGUCGGAACUUCCUCUUCCUUUCUUCCAAAGAGUUCUUCCUCUUCUUCUUCUCAAGUUUAUGCAAAUAUUAAUGGAAGUGAAGUGACCUUAGAAUUUAAUGGUGAAAGUAGUGCUAAUAAUAAUAAAAAGGAUGAAGGUGGUGAUAAACCUGGGCCAUCCUCUUCUUAA